UUAGUUCUGCUAUGUCUAUAGAACAGGUAGCAGCCAUGCAUAGACCUGGUGAUCCAGUCGGCCCAGCUAUGAAAAGAAUUUUAAACUUGAAUAAACUGAUAAAAGAGCAAGAAGAGAAGGAUAAAUUGCCAGUCAAACAAAGAUUAGGUUUCCAUGGGCCAAAUAGAAAAUGGAGUAACAACAAAGCAUAUACCGAUCAAAAACGUUUUCAGUCCGAUAAGCGCUGGAAUUCUACAAAUUUUAAACCAGCUGGGUUUAGGGAAGUCUAUAAAGAUUUUCGGGUUUGUGAUUUUUGCGGAAUAAGAGGACAUCUCAAGCGACGAUGCUUUAAGCGUAAAGAUUUAAAAAGGGAAGCUAUCCACUUAGUAGAUCAAAUGAAACCAGGAACUUCAGGAACCCAAAGUCUGGCUGACUUCAUAAACACCAGGCGAUCGGAAGAGACCGACAGUGAUUCGGACGAAGGUGGAAAUUGGAAGCGUUCCAAUAAGCGCCCACAGGAAUCAGCUUAGGAUGGUGGAGUCGGACCGGUUAGUUCGUCCAAAUGUAGCUUUUCCAGCCAGAAUGACUGGGAUCACGAAACAACCUGGAGAGAGCAGUCGAAAGAGAAAGCUCAUCGAUAUAUUAUCUCCCGUCAGGAGAUCAGAAAGAAGAAAAAUUCCGA